UGACGGCAACCUGAGACAUCCGGGAGAUCACAUGUCAGUGAGAGAGGUGUGCCAACGAGUGUUUAGUGGAGGUUGAUGGGCAAACCGCCUCAUACAGGUUGGAGUUCAGUUGUCUCAUAAGUAAGUAGUCAAGUGAGCAGAGAUAAAGUCUCCCAACGAAAAUAAUGAAAAUAUUUCUUAUUUUCUUCCUUUUCAGUAGGGUUAACAUUGGUACUAACUAAAGAGAAAUGACGCAUUUUAUUAUUUUGGUUUACUUGCACUGUACACUAAUUAGUUAAUGACUAUCGUUUUUUCCAAUGCACACUAAUCAUCAUUUAAUUGGUGUAGGUUUCUGCCAAUACACACUAAUCAGUUUAAUUCAGUGCAUUUCUUUAACUGCAAGCUGAUCAGUUAAUUACUGUGCUUUGUAAUCCACUGCUUAUGAAUCAGACAAAGACUGGUCGUGGACUAAGGUGGGUAGAUCAUCUAAUCAAGGUAAACGAAUUGUAUUGUUCCGUAGAGAGGCGUGGAUGAGAGUUGUGAUUAUGUAUGGUUUGUGAGAUAACAUUUGUAUUAACUUAAAAGACAUACUCGCUCAUUUCCGUUCUGUAAAAAUGUUUUAACCUCAUAGUUAUGAACAGGAAACUUUGUGGUCAUUAGCUUCAUGCUCGUGUGGGACGAGUGUAGUUUGAGAACGACAGAAUUGUUUACUAAAUCGCAAUGUGUUUCAGGUUCCUCAUGCUCCUCGCCGCUAUUUAUAAUUAUCUAUAUAUUACUAUUUAUAACUAGUCUUAAUGACUCCGAGUGGAGUUCGCCUGCGUGUCCCGGAGAGUAAGUCCUCCGUUCUGAUUCGACAACGUUCUCUUUGUCACCUGCCCCGGUCGUCAACAAUAGAAAGUGGAUUUUUUGUCUACGUCGGGUACGUCACCUUCAGAGACCCCAGGGUACCCUAUCAACAUUUGGCGCAUUUUAAGGAUCCUCCCCGCCCAAUGGGAGCCACGUAUACCCGUGUGACAGCGAACUGAGACCUACAUCAGAUCAGUCGUCAGCGAGUGGGGCCUGCCAAAGCAUUUUUCACCUUUCUUCUCCACUUUGCCGUGUACUGAACAGGAAGCUCGAGCCUACACCUAAAGUACCUGUGACCUUCUGUGGAAGGACUUUCCUACUAAAUAAACCAACCAUCACCAACGAUAGCACUAUUCAGUGAAUAUGAAUGAGUUUCAAGCUUUGGUGUGGAGUUUAUGUGACCUGUAGCAGCUGCUUCAUGCAUAGACAUGAAAUCAAGAAGAAAUUGAGACAUACCACUACUAUACUGAAGUAUCUUAGACAGAGAGAGAGAGACUGAAGAAAGGAGCAGCUGAGAGAGUUGUUUUCCUGCAAAUGACAUUACGAAAAGGUGGAGGAAUGGGUAGACCCAUGGCUAAUCUUUGGUUCCUCUUGCUGCUUCACCUCACUGGUGUAUCAGUGACCACAAGCCAGCUGUGCGUCCCAGAAAUCCCAUGGGACUAUAAUGGGACUAUCGAGUCGCCAGGAUUUCCACAUGAAAACUACGGGAACCAACAUUGCUGGUACUCCUUUUCUCUUCCGAAUACAUUCAGCAACUGGAGAAUCAGCUUCACCUACUUUAACCUCCCGAACACAUCAUGUGACAGAGAUUACAUCGAGGUCUACGGUUACUCACCAAUCCAAAGGUUUUGUCAGAACUCGACGCCUCCUGACCUGACAGGUGUCCGCGGAAUUCUGUUUUAUUCCAGCUUGAACUCGUCCGCCGGCUUUGGGUUUCAAGCUAAUGUCAGCAUGGUGUUCGAAUGUGGAAAUCCAAACAUACGGCUCCAAGAAAAUAUUUCAUAUUCCUUGAGAUUUAGACAGGAUUACCCAAUGCCAGGAAGAUGUGAAUGGGAGGUAACUGCAGACCAGGGACUGGCCAUCAUGAUGAUAGGUUAUUUGUGGUACAGUGACUACCAGCCGAUAAAUCGACAUGUUAAAAUGUACAGAGGACCAAUCAAAGACGAAAGUUCUUUGAUCACAAUUAAAUCCAGUUACAACAUGGUUGCCGUCGACGAGGCAUCCAACAGCAUACUCAUCGAAUACAUCGCCAACUACUCGUCUUACUUCGAAAUCUUAAUGGCGUUGCAGGCUUCAGAGAACUCUACAUGUGGUUCAGUGACAAAUGCCAGCGCUGGAGACAUCUAUUUUAGCGCAUAUCCAUCUCAUUCCAUCAACGGAUACCAAAGGAACGCAAUCUGCGUCUGGACUAUCGAAGCUGAAGAGGAUGAAGUUAUUCAGCUACUCAUUACAGAAUUAUACAUACAAAGUGAAAUACCCGGAUGUAACGACUUGGCCCGCAGUUAUCUGGAGAUUUACGAUGGAUCACAAACAGACAACAGUUUACUUGUCCGAGCGUGCAGUGCUUAUGAACUACCCGGUUAUAACCCGGUAACAUCUACAACCCGGCGUCUUGUGGUUGUGCUGACGCUUGACGAAGAACUUGGCUUCACUCAGGCUUAUUUUACAGCUCGUUACAAGUCUUUCAAUGAAUCUGCAUUUCUGAGGGAUUGUGGCGGGGACAUUUCUGGUGACCAGGGUGUAGUGUCAUCUCCAAACUACCCGGCGAACUACGACAACCUGCGAGUGUGCGAGUGGAGGAUCACAUUGGAAGAUUCGUUCACCAUUAGGAUUGAUAUACAUGACCUUGACAUCAGGCCCUCUAAUUACGGGUGUCAUGGAGAUUCUUUACUGAUCACAGGUGCAUACCCCACAGGGCAGAUCCACCGAUUAUGUGGAAGCAUCAAUGGACUUGUGAUAUAUUCAGCGAGCAACAACUUGACGAUGAGGUUUGUCUCUGACUGGGAGAAUAAUGGACGAGGGUUUAAUGCAUCGUGGAGAAAAGCAUGUGAGUUGUCACUGCAGACUUCCAGCGGCUGGAUACAGUCGCUACGAUUCCCAGCCACCUACCUGGACAAUCUGAGCUGUUCGUAUUUUAUAGGGACAAAUACUUAUCAACCUGGCAUCUCUUAUACCUUCACUUUCGAAACCUUUGAUCUACAAGAACCUGAUUCCAACGGAUCUUGCAUAUACGAUUACUUGGAGAUCCUGCAAGUUCCAUCCUAUAACCCGGGAUACUUCGUACCUCCAGAGGCAAAGAAGGUCUGUGGAAAAGGACCAACGGAAAACUUAAGAACCUAUUUUCCAACCACCCUACACUUUGUCACAGACGGCAACAUAACAAAGGGUGGUUUCAACAUUUCGUUUUUGUCGACAAUGGCUGGGUGCGGCGAAAGUCUACUUGUAGGAGAAAAAGGUUUCAUCACAAGUCCUAACUACCCAGGGAUAUUUCCCCAAUUCCUUCGAUGUACCACUACCAUAAGAGUACAACCUGGACACAAAAUCAUUUUGAUCUUCACCUCAUUUUUCUUGAGUGAAAACUUGCAGCCAGAUAACGGACAAGAGUGCUGGAGGCGGACUGAAGCUUUCCUGGACAUCUACGAAAGUCUUUCUACGGGAUCAGCCUGGAUCGGGACAUACUGUGGGUAUACAUCGCCCCAACCUAUCACGUCCACCAGCAAUGAGCUGACCCUCAUCUUCACAUCCAACAAUAACUAUUAUGCUACUGGGUUCAACGCAACAUACGUAUCGACUUCCUCAUCGACUGGCAAGUAUUGAACUCUCUUGAUCUCGGAGACAUUUGGGGAAACAAUAUUGAUAGUAUAGAAACAGUUGUCGUAUGGUGUACAGGAAGUUAUGCUCAUUCAUUUAAAAAGCUCUCCAAAUGCCUGUUGCUGUGUUGUUGAAAGUUAGUCCACGUUUACUUCUUGAGUAGACAAAUGUAGGGAGGAGGACUUUGUCAGUAAAUCAUCACGCAGACAAAUCCUUUCCAUCAUGCCGAGCGAUUCAUGUUGCUCAUAACGUGGUACCUAUGUCUUUGAUGAAACAGCAAAUAAUAGUGUCAAAGCUGAAAUGCGAUAACAACUGGUCCAGUAAUGACUGCAGAGUCAAAAAAAUUACUGUUUCAUUUUUUGUGGUUGUGCUGUAUUUUAGUAUUCAUAUUAUACAUAUAUAUCAGAACUUUUACAAUAUCCUUCUUCUGUAUAUGAUUGUUAUGGUAAUUAGAUGUGUAAACAUUUUUGCUUUUGAUACAUUUAUAAAUAACAUAUGUUUGUGUAUAAUCAUGUCAUCUAAGUGACGAACAAAUCUCUUUGUGGACAUGUGAUAAGUUUAGGUCAUCAAGUAAGAUAAUUAUCCUGUAAUCUAGAAAAAAGGCUAAUCACCCUAUUAAAAUAAGUUGGCACCUAAAAUGUAUCAACGCUUGAAGCAACCACCAUUAGUCGAGAGAUCGCGAGAUUAUUAGCGACUGCCUGAAUUUUUGCAAACCAGAGACACUGCACUUACAUACAGGUGAGAUUUCAUUUUAUAAAUCAUUUAGCUACAAAAAACGGUUUGUAUAGACUGUCAUCUAUAUUUUAUUGUUUUAGAUUAUUAUGCCAAUCAAACGGUGACAACAGGAAAGCAACUUGAAAAAAAUUUAUCUUUGACACAGUGACAGUGUAAAUAACGUGUUAUAACCUCUUUAGAAGACUACUCACCACAUGUCUAUCAUGGUUAGUUAUUCAGUUUGUUUAAUAUCUUUUUUUCAUUGUUAUUAUAAUUAUUGUUUACAGACUAAUGGAAUCAACCAGAUUCUCUCCGGAACUAUUUAUCAAAGGGCAUAUGUGUUUAGGACAACACAGCAAACAAUGGCAUUAGCUCCCUCUCUGAUGAUACCUGGACCGGAAGUGACUAUGGGUUCUUAUUACUAGUCUAGAAAACUCCAGAAAUACAAAGCUGCCAAGAGAGCCAGAUGACCGGUUGGCUUCCAACAUCACUGCCUGACCUUUUGUUUUAAGUGAAAUACUCAGUGUGAGUAUAAAACCCGCUAUGAAGUGCUACCAGCCCCCAUGUUGAGCUGAAGGAUGCUACUGAAGUCCUACACUGACGCUCUACGUGCUAUUAUGAUUAUAAUUAAGAGUGUAUAUAAGGGCAUGAGUAUUUUUUAAUUUAUAUUGAGCAAUUAUACAUGUUUAUAGAGUUUAUAUAGACAUUUGCUUUGCUUAUUUGCAUAUCUGAUGUCUAUGCUUGAAACGUGUGCACACACAUCGAUGGAUUAAAUACUUUCAAAUAUGUUUAUAAAUAUAUGGAAUGUUUGUGAACAAAGCAUUAAACGGCAGCUUUUAUACGGGUUCAUGCAUUUACUACUAAGCAUAUUUGUUAUGUGCAUAUAAAAUUAAAGAGAUUAACUGA